ACAUUCAGAUCUGAUAUCGCUCGAUCGAUCUCACUUCCUUCGCGUGGGCGCGCGUUCAUGGUUCAGUCUGACGUGAGCGCGCACGGCAUUCACACACUUCACCUCACAGAUGGAGUUUCUCAUCGGCAGCCCGUUUUCGUCUCCGGUCGGUCAGCGGAUCCAGAACGCCACCAGCGCUGCUCUUCAGGCGGAGGACUGGAGCCUGAAUCUGGAGAUCUGCGACAUCAUCAACGAGACGGAUGACGGACCCAAAGAUGCGACGAAAGCUUUAAAGAAGAGGAUUGUGGGCAACAAGAACUUCAGGGAGGUGAUGCUGGCUCUGACCGUUCUUGAGACGUGCGUGAAGAACUGCGGCCAUCGUUUCCACGUGUACGUCUGUUCCAGGGAGUUUGUGGAGGGCGUCCUUGUCAGAGCGAUUCUGCCCAAAAACAACCCUCCCAUGAUCCUCCACGACAGAGUGCUGAGCCUCAUUCAGGCGUGGGCCGAUGCCUUCCGGAACACUCCGUCUCUGUCUGGAGUGGUGAGCGUCUAUGAGGAUCUGAGGCGGAGAGGCCUGGAGUUUCCCAUGACGGAUCUGGACUCUCUCUCGCCCAUCCACACGCCCAACAGGAGUAUUCCUGAAAACGGAGUGUCCUCCUCAUCCGUGUCUCCGUCUCACACUAACUCGUCACCGGCGACUCCACAAUCCAGCGGGCAGCUGAACCCUGUGUCACCUGAGGAGAAACAGAAGCUGACAUCUGAACUGGAUCUGGUCAAAGGAAAUUUGACCGUCAUGACGGAAAUGCUGAAUAACGUCAAACCUGGAGAAACGUCAGCGUCAGACGCAGAGCUGCUGCAGCAGCUGUAUUCAGUGUGUAAGCAGAUGCAGCAGAGGGUUGUGGAGUUGAUUCCCAAUCUAUCAGAGGACGAGAUGAUCGGGGAACUCCUGGUGAUCAAUGAUGAUCUCAACAACGCGUUCAUCCGCUAUGAGAGGUUCGACAGGUUGAACGUGCCGAGAUCAAACACAGAGGAGCAGCAGGAGUCGCAGACUGAGACAGGAAAUCUUAUUGACCUCAGCCCCGAGUCUCCAUCACCCAAUCAGAACACUCUGCCAGCUGUCAAUCAACACGAGCCCCGCCCUGCAUCCGACCACACAAGCAGCUCAGCACCUGAAGAUGAAGAGUUUGACAUGUUUGCUCAGACGAGGUGCAGCUCUCUGGCUGAACAGAGGAAGAGUGUGCGGUACGAGGAUCCUGGGGCAGUGGAGGGUCUGGCUGAAGCUCUGGACACGCGUCUGCAGGUCACGGCAGGGGGCGCUGAGAGCGACUGGGUCCGUCAGUCUCAGUGGAUUUACAGUGAGGAUCUGGCUCCGGCUCCACGCAGCUCAGCCAUGGAUGAAAUCGAGAGGUGGUUGUCUGCAGAGAUGCCUGAUGUUGAUGACAGUGAGGGUGUGACCAGUGAAGAGUUUGAUAAGUUUUUAGCAGGAAGAGCUAAAGCUGCAGAUCAUCUUCCCUCGAUGAAGAGCAGCUCGUCCGCCGGCGUCGGCCCCGCGAGCCCUCGACAGGCGGAACAGGAGCAGAACCUCGAGCAGAUCUUCAGGCUCUGACAUCCACCUCACAUCCUCAUGAGGAAGAAUCCCACAGUAAUUCCUCAUCUUCAUUCCACUUUAGGUUUGUUUCUAACACUGAAUUUGGCCCUUCAUGUGCGCACAACAUUUGACAGCUCAUGAGAAAACAACCAAUACGCCGUUUGCUGCCUGUAAGUUCAUUUGUAUUAACGUGUCUUUACUGAGUGUAAAAAGCAUUAAUUUAUGUUGUAAAUUAACCACGAAGUUAAGAAGGACUGUCAUACCUCUGACUGAAUGUCAACAUAUUAGACACUAUAAUGUUCAUGUUUAUCUCUGAUUGUCUCUUAUCGUGUUGUAGAUGUGUUUGAUGGAUGUGUAGCAGUAAUUCAUGUGAUUUUCUCACAACUCAUAAAACGUGAAGAACAGCUCAUCUGUAAUGCAGUUUUUUGUCUCUGAAAUUUGUCUCAUCGUUUGCUCAGAUUUUAGAGCCGUUCACACCAAGAACGAUGACUAUAAUGUUUGGUUUGUUAUUAACGUGCUGCAGUUUUGUCAUCUGUCCCUUUAAAUGAUGGCGCUCGUUGAAGUCGUCUGGAUCCUGAUUGGCUGUCAGUGGUUUAUUGCUCUUCAGCUAGAAAACAAAAACAUUUUGAAAGUAAUUCCAGCGAUAUUGUUCCUCUGUGUCGUAUCGUUAUAGUUGUGUUGUGGACUGUUAGAAGGAUUAUUAAAAUUAUAAUUAUUGUUAUCCGU